AUGGUGAAGGGACGGCAGGGAGAGCGCGUCAGGUUCGCUGUGGUUGAUUUUCUCUCGCUCUUCUUCUUACCUCGGCUAGAAACUGCAAGAUAACAAAUGUUUGCUGGCGCGGGGCAAGUCAAACCCCUCGGUUGGGAUAGCGAGACUCCGUUCGAUUAUCUAUUCGUUGGCGGUUUCGCUUCUGAGUUGCAUUAUUUUUUGGUCCCGUUUGCAGGUUAUACGUCCGUGGGACGAUUCUCGGAUACAAGAGGCAAGGGCCUUGAUUCGCUUUUUUCAGAGUAUACAUUGGAUUAGCUUGCAGCAAUGUCUGCCAGUGGUCAUAGUCUCCUUUCGUUGUGAUUGUGCUCGUUGCGGAGUUCUUCUGAAAAUAUGAAAUUCGUUUUCUUUUGAAUGUGUCAGAUCGAAGUCGAACCAGUGUGAGAACACUUCUCUAAUCCAGAUCGAGGGUGUUAAUACCAAGGAAGAAGUAGUGUGGUAUUGCGGUAAGCGCAUGGCUUACAUCUACAAGGCAAAGGUGAAGAAGAAUGGGUCUCACUAUAGAUGCAUAUGGGGAAAAGUCACCCGGCCCCAUGGAAAUAGCGGUGUUGUUCGUGCUAAGUUUAAGUCCAACCUCCCUCCCAGAUCCAUGGUAAGAUGGACCUACUUGUCUUUUGUUCAUCUUUUUUUUGACGUGAUAUGUUAUGUUUCCUUAUAUGUUUUGCUUCUUAUUCAGGGUGCAAAAGUCAGAGUUUUCAUGUACCCGAGCAACAUUUGA